UUUCACUUCCCUUCUUCACAGUCUUUUCUUUUGUCUCCCCAUUUCGCCUCCACCACCAAACCCAAACAACUCUCUCUCUCUCUCUCAAAAAGAAUUUCUGGGACUCUCCGCUUUGUCUUUUUUUAUUUAUUUAUUUUAUAAUUUUAAAUUCCACCAAAUCCUCUAUUUUCACGCUAUAAAUACUCUCUCCAUUUCUCUCCGUUUCCUCUCUCUCUGACCAUAGAUUCUUUUGUAAUACCGGUAAGCUAUCGCUCUUCUGAUUUUUCAAAAAACGUUGUCGUCUUUCUGCUCCGAUUUUUUCCAUUUUCGCGCUGAAUUUUCGUGCAUGGUGGAAACUCGAGACCUGGAAGUCGGUGUCGUUUUUGACAUGUUCUUUCUCGAGUUUUGAUCUCAGGAUCGAAUUCAAAGAAGGCGAUAACAUAUUAAGGUUUGGAUGCUAAGCGAGGAAGGAAAAUGACUACGCAACUUUUGGAGAUUCAACCAAAUGAGCUUAAAUUCGUAUUUAUAUUGAAGAAGCAAUGCUCCUGCUCGGUUUCACUUAGGAAUAACACUAAUCAAUAUGUUGCUUUCAAGGUUAAAACUACAUCUCCAAAGAAAUAUUGCGUGCGGCCUAAUGUUGGCAUUAUUUUGCCUAAAUCAUUAUGUGAAUUUACAGUUACCAUGCAAGCUCAGCGUGAAGCCCCUCCUGAUAUGAUAUGCAGAGAUAAGUUCUUAAUUCAAAGCACAAUUGUUCCUGCUGGAACAACUGAUGAAGACAUUACAUCUGCUGCUUUUGUCAAGGACAGUGGAAGAUAUAUUGAAGAGAAUAAGCUAAAGGUUGCUCUUGUCAGCCCACCUCAUUCGCCAGUAUUAUCACCAAUUAAUGGAACAAUGAAUCAGGGACUAGAUUAUGAUGCUUCGAUACCAAAAGAGCCAGUGCUGAGCAGAGUUGGGGUUCUUGUACCACCGCAGACGGUUGCCAAGGUUGAGGAGUCAAAGAUGAUAAAUUCUGAGGAUUUAAAGCCAACAAAGGAUGUGGAGUGGAAGCCAAGGAAGGAUAUGUUCUAUGCUGAAGAUCUAAAGCUAAAGAAGGAUACAGAGCUGAAGCCAAGGAAUGAUGGUGUUAAUGGUGAGGACUUAAAAUUAAUAAGGGAUGCAGAGCCUAAGCCAAAGGAUAAUUUUGUCAAUAGCAAGGAGUUAAAGCCAGUGAAAGAUGUGGAAUCGAAGCCCGCGAAAGAUGUGGAAUUGAAGCCAAUGGAGGAUAUUCUUGAUACUGAGGAACUGAAGUCAGUGAAGAUAAAGGAGUUGGAUGCAUUGAAGGAUGGCGAGGUAGAUGCAUUGAAGGAUGGCGAGGUAAAAACAUUGAAGGCUGUGGAGGAGCUGAAGUUAGUCAAAGAUGUCGAGGAAAUGAAAUCAAAACUAAAUGACCUUGAAUCUAAGCUAGGCGAGGCUGAAGCUACCAUUGCAAAACUGACAGAGGAGAGUAGGUUAAGCACUCAAGAGAGAAAUAUCUUACAAGAAGAACUAGCCCUAAUGAGGAAAAGGACAAAUCUAAGAAAAGUUCAAGUGGGAUUUCCUCUCCUAUUUGUUUGCAUGGUAGCACUCCUUAGUGUCUUUCUCGGGUACCUUCUGCGCCGUUGACAACGAAUACUUCCAUGUCAUGCAGGUUACCAGCAACAAUCACACAGGGUUUAUUAAUAGUUAGAAAGCUGGAAUAUAAAAUACUUUCCUGCUCAUAGAAAGUGUGCACAGUACAAUAGGGACGGCCAUAUAAGCAGAAAUUUGCAUGUAAAGGUUUGUGUUACCUGUUUGCCAAAAGGAAAUGAAAGAACAUAUGAGGUUAACCCAUAGAGUAGGAACUGUUUUUUUUUUUCUUUUUGAUAAUUAUUAACUUGCUAUUUGAAUUCGUAUGACACCUAUAAAAGCUCUUGCAAAAUGUCAAAGAAGAGUAUAUCAUGAUGA